AUGAGAAAAGAGUUGAAAUACAUCAUCUACGCACAUGUCAUUCUUGUAAUAUACCUUCUAUAUCUAUCAUUUGAUUUACUCACACUAUUACAUGAUGAUACUUUUGCUGAUGCAUUAAUCGAUUAUGAGUUAAAUUCCCAAAAAUUGGAUAAACCGGCAUUAAUACCGAAGAUUAUUCAUCAAACUUAUAAAAAUGAAAAUAUACCUGAAAUUUGGAAACCGGGUCAACAAGCAUGUAUCGAUUUACAUGAAGAUUAUCAAUAUAUCUUGUGGACUGAUGAAAUGGCACGAGAGUUUAUUAGUGAAGAAUUUCCUUGGUUUUUGGAAACUUGGGAUAACUAUCCAUACAAUAUUCAAAGAGCUGAUGCUAUAAGAUAUUUUGCAUUAUAUCAUUAUGGAGGUAUUUAUAUUGAUUUGGAUGAUGGAUGUGAACGUCGUUUGGAUCCAUUAUUGACAGUACCAGCCUUUGUCAGGAAAACGAUACCAACUGGUAUUUCCAACGAUGUGAUGGGAAGUGUGCCUAAUCAUCCAUUUUUCCUCAAGGCAAUGGAAUCGUUACAUAAAUAUCAACGUAAUUGGUUAGUUCCAUACAUUACCAUUAUGAUAUCAACAGGACCACUAUUUUUAUCAGUCAUUUGGAAACAAUAUAAACGUUGGGGUAUACCUGAAGCUGGUAAGGUACGGGUAUUGAUGCCUCAAAAUUACAAGGGUUAUCAAUAUUCGUUUUUCGCCAUUGCCCCUGGUUCCUCGUGGCACAUGAGUGAUGCCAAUUUCAUCAAGAGUUUAGCCAACCAUUUAGUAUUGGCAGUUAUUGGUGGGUUCUGUAUUGCCCUUGCAAUUUUAGCAGUGGAAUAUCUUUUCUAUUCAUUCAUUAUUUCUAGUUUCUUUAAAAAGUGUACUGCCAAGGUGGGAAAUUUCAUUCUUGGUGGGGUUACAGGAGUUUUACGUUUUUUCAAUUUGGAUAAAUUUGUUGAUUCUCAUUUUAAGGGAUAUAGCUUUUUAUCCACUUCACCGAUUGGUAAUGAUGAUGAAGAAUCUCAAUUGAGUGAGGUCAAACCUAAAAAGGGGAUCAGUUUGAAAAAUUUUAUCAAAAACUCCAACAUAAAACGUCGUACAAGAAAAGAUUCCAAUAUUCCAAUUGAAAUUGAUAUACUUGAGAAAUUGGCUGAUGACCCAACAACAAUUGUUAUCACUAAUGAUCCAGUACAAGCUUCGGUAGCGAAAUGUGUCAACAACAGGAACAACAACAACACCAGAACAACAUCCUCAAUAAGAACAACCACAACUACAGAUAAAAAUAAAUUGGAGGUUGUUGAAACUUUGCAAAAAAUCAAUUCCUCCGAGGAGAGUGAAUUUGAUAAUGAAGAAGAUCUGGGUAAUGAUUCAACUUUCGUUAAUGAAUUCGAAACUGAUGCUGAAUAUUUACAAGCAUAUUCUGAUUUAAACACCGAUGCUGAAGCUGAUAUUGAUACUGAUGAUUCAAAUGAAUAUACAAGUAAUAGAAAAAAAGAUCACCUGCAAAAGAGUCGAGGUGAUGUAUUUAAUGGUAAUGAUGAUAUUGUAUAA